GUCAGCCGCCCGCGCCCGCCGGCAGGAUCGCGGCGUUUGCAACAUGUCGGGUCUGCUGAAGCUGGACAAUGCGCUCAGGACCAAGGUUGAUGCUUUUAGGGAGCGAGUCACUGCUGAAGCAGAAGACUUGGUUGCAAGUUUCUUUCCAAAGAAGCUCUUGGAACUAGAUUCUUUUCUCAAGGAACCCCUCUCGAAUAUUUCAGAUUUGGCAACCAUCCACUCAGAUCUCAACUUGCCUGUGCCAGAACCUAUAAUGCUCACCAACAGCCACGAUGGCUUGGACAGUACAUGCAACAUUAAGAAGAGAAAACUGGAAGAUGGUGAAACUAACUGCCCAGUUACAGGUACAAAGGUGUUUAUAAUGCCAAAUGGAAUGCUAAAGAGCAACCAGCAACUCGUUGAGAUGAUUGAGAAAAUAAAACCAGAAAUCAGGACACUUAUGGAGAAGUGCAAUACAGUUAAAAUGUGGGUUCAACUGUUGAUACCGAGGAUAGAAGAUGGCAACAAUUUUGGUGUUUCUAUUCAGGAAGAGACGGUUGCAGAACUUCGAACAGUUGAAAGUGAAGCUGCUUCCUACUUGGAUCAGAUCUCCAGAUAUUACAUAACAAGAGCAAAAUUGGUGUCCAAAGUAGCCAAGUAUCCCCAUGUGGAAGAUUAUCGUCGCACGGUGUCAGAAAUUGAUGAAAAGGAAUACAUCAGUCUUCGGUUAAUUGUUUCUGAGCUGAGAAAUCAAUAUGUAACGUUACAUGACAUGAUCCUCAAAAACAUUGAAAAAAUCAAACGACCCAGGAACAGCAAUGCAGACGCACUGUAUUAACAUGCAUGCCUCGUGAAAUGGAAUCUGACCUUGGUAACCCCAAAUAUAAGACCAUGAUUGCCUUGGCUUGUUGCGUGAGAUUGGUCUUGCUGCAGUAGAAAGAAUUUGGUUGGAAAAUGAAGCACAGGGUUAGUUGCAUUUUAGUGAAAUAACUGAUAAGGAUUUCCAUUCUUUUAUUUUUGUGAUGUAUAAGAGGUUUUUUUAAUCCUCAGGAAUCUUCCCAUUUUGCUCUACAGAAUCUCUUUGUAAUGUACAGUAUUAGUGAUCUUAGGAAGGAAUUCUGUUUAAAAGCAGGUUUUAUUUCAAAACGUAGUACUUUUCACAUCCAUUAAAAUCUUCGUGAUUCACGAAA